GGAUGGAAGAGAGCUCUCCUCACCAAAAGCUCUGCUAGUGUCACAUGAAGCCAUGUCUUCGACCAACAGUUUUCCGAAUUUGGCGAGUAUCGGCGACUGGGAGACUCUCAUCUCUGCCAUUCCCGCCACCAAAGUUGAGCUGACUGUGUCGUGCAGAAACCUUCUAGACAGAGACACUUUCUCCAAAUCGGAUCCAAUUUGCGUGCUUUACACUCAAACAGUGGCAAGCAGGGAGUGGAGAGAGUUUGGGAGAACCGAGGCCAUCAGUAACACCCUGAACCCAGAUUUUGUUCGAAAAUUCAUCCUUGAUUACUUUUUUGAAGAGAGGCAGAACCUACGCUUUGACCUGUACGACCUUGACUCAAAGAGUGAAAACCUGUCCAAACAUGAUUUUCUGGGCCAGAUGUACUGUACUCUUGGAGAGAUUGUUGGCUCCCCAGGUAGUCGUAUGGAGAGAACACUCAUAGGUAUCCCUGGUAAAAAUUGUGGGACCAUUAUUGUUAAAGCAGAGGAACUUGGAAAUUGUCGGGAAUCAGUAUUGCUGCAAUUUUGUGGAAACAACCUGGAUAAGAAGGACUUUUUUGGCAAGUCAGACCCAUUCCUUGUCUUCUCCCGCAGCAAUGAAGAUGGAACAUACACCAUUUGCCAUAAGACUGAAGUGAUAAAGAACACACUGGACCCUGUGUGGCAAGCCUUUAAAAUCCCAGUUAGAGCGCUGUGCAAUGGAGACUCUGACAGGGCAAUUAGGAUAGAGGUGUAUGACUGGGACAGAGAUGGAGGGCAUGACUAUAUCGGAGAGUUCAACACCAGCUAUAGGGAACUGUCCAAAGGCCAGUCUCAGUUUAGUGUUUGGGAGGUAUUAAACAUGAAGAAAAAGAAAAAGAAGAAGAAGAAAUACCAGAAUUCAGGAACUGUGACCCUGCUGUCAUGCCUCAUAGAUGUUGAAGUCACCUUUUUGGACUAUAUUAAAGGAGGUACUGAGAUUAAUUUCACGGUGGCAAUCGAUUUUACCGCAUCAAAUGGAAACCCAUCCCAACCUACCUCUCUUCACUACAUGAACCCAUACCAGCUCAAUGCCUAUGCCAUGGCUUUAAGAGCUGUGGGUGAGAUCAUUCAGGACUAUGACAGUGAUAAGAUGUUUCCUGCACUGGGAUUUGGAGCAAAGCUGCCUCCUCAUGGGAGAGUAUCGCAUGAGUUUGCUCUGAAUGGGAACCCAGAAAACCCAUACUGCAGUGGUAUUGAAGGAGUAAUAGAGGCAUAUUACCAGAGUUUGAAGAAUGUCCGUCUCUACGGUCCAACAUAUUUCUCACCCGUUAUUAAUCAUGUUGCAAGGUAUGCAUCAUUAAUAAAGGAUGGCUCAGAGUACUUCAUUCUCCUCAUCAUUUCCGAUGGCGUUAUCUCAGACAUGGCUCAGACCAAGGAAGCCAUUGUAAAUGCUUCCUGUCUUCCAAUGUCAAUAAUAAUAGUGGGAGUUGGUUCAGCUGAAUUUGAUGAAAUGGUUGAAUUGGAUGGGGAUGAAGUCAGGAUCUCCUCAAGAGGAAGGUUUGCAGAGAGAGAUAUUGUACAGUUUGUUCCUUUCCGAGACUACAUUGACCCAAGAGGGAAUCACAUCCUCAGCAUGGCUCGUCUGGCCAAAGACGUCCUGGCUGAAAUUCCAGAUCAGUUCCUAUACUACAUGAGAACCAGAGGCAUCAAACCGAGCUUGACCCCUUCUGCUUACUCUUCCAAACCACUGACAGCACUGUCCUAUUCUGCAGAGUCAUUACAGACGCAGAUCUGAAGAGGACCGUGGUGGUUUUCUGCACUUUGUCGAGUAUUAGGUUUUCUGAGUUAUACAAUAACAGAGUUAGAAAGCCAACAGAGACCUUGAAUUUAAAGCCUGAAUAUGGCAUUUACUAGCAUUGCUCUCAUAUAUGAAUUUCAUUACGAGAGAGGUUAAAGCAGUCAUCAUUAUAUGCCUCAUACUUUAUGUCUUUUAUUUCAAGUGACUGGCUGAGCUAUGAACAAAAUGUUUACAGUGUUUGUGAUUUAUACAAGCAAUUAAUUACAUACCUCAUGCAUACUGAAGGAGCUGAAACUUUUUGUAAUGUACCACAAAAUUGGUUGUGGUGACUUUAUAUUGAAAGGAGAGAGAGCAUGCUUUAAAGAUAGUGUUCAGUCUCUUCAGUUUGUAUUACUAACCAUUGUGGUUUCUUCCACUCCACUGCCACACUGUGUUUCUGAAAAAGUCUUAGAGCUGCUGGAAAAACAGGCCUUAUUCUUGGUUACACUUUACAAAAACACUUUAUUAACACGUAAUUAAAUCUUUACUGACUUAGAAGUAAGUAAUCAAGUGUUAUCAUAGUAGUUCUUUAAUAAUUAUUCAUACUGUUAAACUCAUUAACUAAUGUUAAAUUACUACGCUGACAAAAUCAUGAAGAAAUGUGCUAUCUGCAAUAGUGCAUUAAUGUUAUACACUUCCAUACUCAUAUUUUCAUGCACUUACUUGUAUUUUAUACACUUGCUUUCAUACACUUACAUAACACUUGGUGUUACAGAAGCAUUGAUUACUGAUACAUCAGUCAGUGCCCUUAACCCUUACUAUUAAAUCACUAGCGAUUAUUAUCCAAAAUUGGAUAACAAGUCAUAACAGUUUUUUUUAGCAAAGUAGUGAUUAUUUAGUGUCCACAGUUGUUUAUAAUUAGCUUUUGAAUUGUUAUUUACUAUAAGCAUUGCUGUUACAUUCAAGAGAAAUUAAUUGAGAAUUAAUAGGAGAAAAAGCCUACUUUUCUUUACUAAGUAAGUAAACUUAGUCAUUACUUAAAAAGCUCAUCAAAGCUGGGUAAAAAUAAUAUUUUUUAAAAAAUUUUAAUAUAUCAGUAUUUCAUGCUUCUGUAAUGACAAAGCAAGCACAAUGUAUGACAAGUGAAGCCAUUAUGGUUUUAAAAUCAUUACUGUAGCUGUCAACAUGGUUGUAUCUUCUGUUGAUUAGUUUUUACUGAACAUCUGCUAUAGUAACACUGCUACAUCAGCAUUGAAUAAGGAACUGGAUUGUAAAGGGUUACACAAUAUAACACAGCAGCAGCACUACAACAGCUUUUGCAUACAUGAGUAUUAAAAUAAUGCUAGCCAGGAAUUUACUGUAGCUAUAGAAGCAUGGAAUUGCAUGCGCUUUUAAAGUGGACUGUGGAGUUGAAGAGUUAUGAAGUUGAUGGUGUAUGGAACGUAGGUGCUUUAGAGCAAGAACACUUACUGAUGUGUAGUACUGCACUUUAUGAUUGUGGAAAUAUAAGAGCACAACUAAGUUUUUAAAGUUCUUGUUUAAAUUUAAUCAGGUUCACUUUUGAAGUGUACUGUUCAUCAACAAACAAUUUUAUCCUCCAUUUAAAUACCAGCUGUGGUCUUAAAAUAAGAUCAAAGGGAAAGAUGUAGGGUUUUGAAUACAAUUUUUAACUUCUUUCCAAUACAUAAAUGCUUUUAGAUAAUGAUUUAUUCCCAUACACAGCCAAGAAACAUAGAAAUUCAUCUACUCAACAUGGUAAGAUACCAAUUUAAAACAUACACCCACACAUGCUGGCUGACAUACUGAAUUAUCCUUAUUAAACAUGCAUAAACUACAUCAAAACUUAAAACCUGCCCAAAGAAAUUACUUAUCCCUCAUCCAUUCGUCACAUAUUUUGAGGCGUGAUACAACUCAUGCAGUUCUGUUAUGAGAUCUGUUAUGUCACUGCCUUAAUUUUCUGAGUAAUUCAUAUAGGUAAAACAAAGAACAGUAUUUUCUCACAUCACAUCUGUUGGUUGAAUAAUACAUAAAAUACCACUAUGUCUGUGGAAAGGAAAUGAAUUAAAGAUGGAAACUCUAGUACGUCUACAUAUUAAAAAAAAGAAAUUAAUGAAUGAAUGAAGGGAGUAAACAAAAUGUGAACAGAUGGUAGAAAUGUUGUGUGCCCAUCUGUUAAAGCUUACUACAGGGUUAAUGUGACUGAUACAGUGAUAACAUACAUUGUACUGAAAUGUCUCAGGUUGGAAUGUCCUUUGCUGAUUGCAAUAACAGUGAAUAUGCUGAUCCUGUUCAGUUUGAUAUGUGCACCGGAUGCUUCAAUUGAAUUUUCAGGUUUUCUGCCAUAGAAUUUUGUCAAAAAUAAUUUCUAUUACACUGUAGCAUUCAUCUGGAAAAUAAGUAAAUUUUUGCUUUAUUCAUAUGUUUAUUAAUUUACUAAUAUAAUAGCACUACUUUUUGUUAAUCAACUUAUUACUUUGUUACGUCAUAAUUAUUACUGUUGCAUGCAUCAUAUUCGCAUGUGCAUUGCGGUGAAAAGUGAUGAACCUUUUGUAUUUAUCUCAUAUUUUUAUACCCGCUAUUUUUUACAGUAUCAUAGAGUUUGCCUUAAUAUAUCACUGAAUUCUUUGAUUUAUGCCAUGCCUUCACUGUAUGUUUGUUGAUUAAGUAUAUACUUUGAACAGUAUUUGCUUUAAGAUACAAUUUACUUACUAUAGUUACAUAGUAUAGUUGCAUGAUCCCAGCUGAAUGAAGCUGACCAGUGUCUAAUGGCUGUCUAAUACAAAAAGUGCAUAGGAUCUAAUACAUUGAUGUUACCUAUUUCAUAAUUAUUUGCAUCUGUUAUUAAAAAUAGAAAGGUACCAUAUGUGAUAGUAUAUUUAGUCUGUGGUAUGUAAGAUUUAAUUAGCACUGACUAUAAAAUCACGAAGGCAAGGUUUUUAAAGUCUUAAAAUAUCUUAAUUUCCAUGUGCUAUAUAUUAAUAUAUAGUACAAAUGGCAGGUUAUAAAACAUUAUUUUAAAAAUAAACAUUUCUAAAAAUAUUUAAUCAUGUUUGAGCAUUUAUUAUGAUGUUUACUAUUACAUUUUUCCUGCUGUAACUGUGGUUUGAAAUUUCCUUUUCUGCACAUUGCACAUGAAACCCGGACAAACCUCUUAAACUCAGAUUGCUGUGGAAAAACUGCAGACUCUCUUUACGCAAUUAUCUGCUUUUGUGUUAAAUACAGAGUGCAUCUGAUCUGAUAUUUAU